CCACAUCUCUUGCGCUUAGAUGAUUUGCGGCUUCGUGCUGCGGCUUUGUUCUAUCCCACCACGCAGCAAGCGUACCUCAACAAGCUAGUUUCCUUCCUCGCCACCAAGUACAAAACCAUGGCAAUCGUGUACGACGACACCCUGCUCGCCGCCGACUGGGUUGGCCUUGCUGAGACGUACUUUGGCCAGCACGGCGGCAGUGUGACCUCCAAGGGCCAGUUCUCCAGUGAGAAUGGCACCGUGCCCCAGAUGGAAGACUUGGUGAAGACGGCUCUGGCGUCGAAGCCGGGGUUUAUUUUCUUUAUGGCCACGUCUGCGAUUGCGCCCGAGCUUGAGGUUGCGUUCAUCAGGACUGCCCGCGCCGUGGACCCCAAGUUCCCCAUCGCUAUGCCGAACGGGUACGACGAGGCGGCCAAGGCAGGCCUGGAGGUGACGGCUGCAAACGGCUCCAAGUCUUACCCUGCUCUGGUUGACGGUAUCUACUAUGUGAAUGACGUAAUCUACCCGAAGGCGAACGACCGCUACAAGUCCAUGUUUGGCAUCACGUAUAUGCCCACACUGGACGCUGGCGCCCAGAGCAACUCCUACGACGCCAUGAGCGCCAUCAUCCGCGCCGCCCAGGCCGCCGGCUACAGCAAGCUGAAGAACAUCAACAAGGCGCUGUCGAGCAAGACCUUCACCUUCCCGCGCUACGGCGGAAACACCGGCAGGAAUCGCGAUGCCAACGCGGCGGCGAACAUCCGCCUCAUCACCGCCCGCCUGGAGGAGGGACUGCCGCGGCCUGAGGCGCUCACGCGCCCCAUCCACGGCAGUGGUGGUGGCGGAGCAGGACGACAAGGAGGAGGCCAGCGCGCGCCCUGCACCCGUGCGGCGCCAGGAGCGGCGGCGGCGGCAACCGCCGCUGCGGCUGCCGCGGAUGCUGAUGCUGCGGUGCAGGGCGGCGGCGCCUACGGCUAGUCUGAGAUUAUGGCGCGUGGGUAUGGACCAGCGUGGGUGACAAGCAUACGGGAUGACAAGCAGGGCUGGGUGACCACCAGCGUGGGUGACAAGCAGGGCUGGGUGACCAGCGUGGGUGACAGGGCUGGGUGGCAGGGCUGGGUGACCAGCGUGGGUGACCAGCGUGGGUGACAAGCAGGGCUGGGUGACCACCAGCGUGGGUGACAAGCAGGGCUGGGUGACCUGCAGGGCUGGGUUACAAGCGUGGGUGACAAGCAGGGCUGGGUGUGAAACAGUAUUGGUGUGUCUUGUCUUGUUACUGACAUGCGUGGAUACAGCACAACGCUCGCGGGACUACGCUGUUCUGGCCUGCCCUGGUUGUAGAACCGCCUGGAAUCGCGAUGCAAGUGCUGCUGUUGUGCGGUAGUGUCGUGCGGUUGAGGUAGCUAGUUGAGUAGUUGCGUAUUCGCCGUCCAGACAAUGUCUGUCGACGAGGGGAGGCCCCCUUACGGGGGCCGGUAGCCCCCUUACGCCUGCCCUAUCAGUGGCCUCCGGGCCCAAACGCAUCGGGUGUGAGGUGGCCUGUGCUUCGGCUGCGGUCGGGGUGCACGGCUGCUCCAUGCGGGGGCUGGGCGCGGCGCCUGUGCUUAGGCGGGACUGACGUGGCCAUAUAAGGUGUUGUGCACUGGGGUGGCCUCCGAUGACCCAUUCAACCCGUGCCAGGCAAUUGCCGCGGGAAGUGUAAUAUGGAUACGCCCCGCACAUACUGUAAUCGUGCCUCUUGGACAGGUUUGACGUGAACGGUGACAUCAUGGCGGACGCGCAGCUGCAGACCUACAGCCCUGUCACAGGAGAAGCCGUACCACUGGACGUUAUGCCUUAAAGCCACUGUUCUAUGAGUAAUGGAGUUACGUUAAAUCGUUAAUCAGUGAGAGGUGGAGGUGUUCCCAGAUUGCAGUUCUGUGGGGACGCUUGAUUGGCUGGAUGUCUGAGUGCCGUCGGUUGAGGGUGCUCUGUCCUAUCCUCAUACUGAAAGACUAGUAGGCUGUGGCGGCCGUGUUUUGGCCCGCAUCAGGUAGACCCACAGAUGUAACAACAGGUGGCA